UGGGACCUUCUACACGCCUCCUGGUAGAACUGAGCGCACACGUGGGAGAAGCUCCGCAAGAUGGCAGCCAGCAUCGAGGAGGUGCUCGCUAAAGCGGAGAGAGAUGAAGCGGAGAAGCUUCAGAGCAUUAGAGUCGAGAAGGAGUUAGAGUUGGAGUUUGACGUGGGGAACCUGCUCGCCUUCGACAAGAAUGCGCCGGACCUCCGAGACUUCAGAGCCCAGAAGAAGGAGAACUUCCUGCGCUCGCUGGCCCGGGACAACGCGCAGCUCCUCGUCAACGAGAUCUGGAAAGUGCCGACUGACAGGCUUGACGGCGUCGUGGUCGCUAAACUGCCGGAUCCCGUCACCCGCCUGCCGAGGGAGAAGCCGGUACCGAAGCCGAAGCCUCCGACUAAAUGGGAGGAGUUCGCGAAACUUAAGGGGAUCCAGAACAGAAAGAAAACCAACCUGGUGUGGGACGAUGUUCACAAGGAAUGGAGGAGGCGCUGGGGCUACAAGCGAGCUAAGGAUGACACCAAGGACUGGCUCAUAGAGGUGCCGGAGAUCUCCGAUCCGAACGAGGACCAGUUCGCCAAGCGCAUCCAAGCCAAGAAGGAGAGGGUGGCGAAGAACGAACUGAACCGACUGAGGAACAUUGCGAGGGCGCACAAGCUCCAGCUGCCGGGCGCUGGGCUGAUGCCCACCGGCCAGCCGUCCAGGUCCGAGCUGACCAAGGCCGAGCAGGUAGCCAGGCUGUCCACCGCGUCCGUGGGCAAGUUUCAGGAGCGCCUGCCGAAGGAGAAAGCCCCAAAAAACACCGGCAAGAGGAGAAAGUUUCAGCCCAAUAUUGGCGACUUCUCCACCGAGAAGCAGAAGCAGCUGGACCUCCUGAAGAUCAUGGACGGGAAGAAGCCCCGGCUGGAUAUCACCAAAGCCGUGAACAAGCAGAUGAGGGCGGAGGACAUGGAAAACGCCUCCAGAAAGAGGAAGGAAGCCGGAAAGAAGGGGCGAAAGGGGCAUUUUACAGGGAAAGGGAAAGGGAAGGGGAAAGGGAAAGGGGCCGGGGCAGCUGCCGGGGGCAAGAACCGCAAGCCGCGAAAGGCACUCGGCAAGAGAUGAUGAGGCUUCGAGACGCGUGUUUACGGCGUGGCACCUCCUGCAGGCGUUUGCGUCACCUCUGUAUAGAUAUUCGUUUAUCCACAUGCCUUACAUUUGGGAUCUUUUGAUGGAUUUUGAGUACAUAGAUGAUUAAGGGGAGUUUGUAAGUACACGCAGGCAGUUGUAAUGGAUGGAUGCCUGUUUUGUCACGACUUUUCCCCUAACUGUAUUAAAGUUAAAUAUGCUUAUCGAUGAUGUAUGGCUAUUCUCAAGGGGAAACUGUUAAUCUCCCCCCUUUCAUUAAAGUGACGUCUCUUCUAGAGUGUUUUUUUGUGCAAUGUAUGUUUGAUAAAAUAAAUCUUUAAAACGGC